UUGAUUUAGUUAUUACUCUGUGUCAGUCACUUGCCCUAGACUAGAACCCACUAACCUAAAGCACUCUCUUUCUAUAUCUAUUCAUCGAAUCAAGACCAUCAAUAUCACCAAACUUAUAUAAAUUAUGAUCUGCUCAAUCAUAUAGUUUCAGGGUAUUUCUUAAAUCACACGAUCUUGAUUUUUCAAUUUGGUCCAACUCCAAAAUCCCCCCCUUCCUUAAAAGGUUUAACCAAAAACGAAACUGUUUUGGACUCUGGAAUUGAGUAUCCAUUAAUGGAAGCACUUUAAGAUUCUUGGGUUUCUUUCCCUUUUCUGAAAGGAGGGACCUUCGGUUUUAGGGGGUGAGGGUUGGGAGCUUUAGCUUGAAGGAAAAAGAUGAAGGUGUUGAUCGGGAGUCCAGGAACUGUGAGUGGGUUAACACUAAGGAUAACCCAAAGUGCAUUUGCUGCUUCUUCUAUUGCAGUCAUGGUCUCUGCAUCUGGUUUCUCUACCUACACUGCUUUCUGCUAUUUGAUUGCAUCUAUGGGGCUUCAACUGCUAUGGAGUUUUGGACUUGCAUGUCUUGAUAUUUACGCUUUGAAGAGAAAGAGAGAUCUUCAGAAUCCAGUUCUAGUGAGCCUAUUCGUUGUAGGUGACUGGGUCACGGCUAUGUUGUCACUGGCAGCUGCAUGUUCAUCAGCUGGUGUUAUAGUCCUGUAUGCAAGAGACUUGGGUUUCUGCAAGCCUCAAAGUCCUAUCCCAUGCAGGCAAUACGAAAUAUCGAUAGUUUUGGCAUUCAUCACGUGGCUUCUAAUCGCAAUGUCAUCUCAUGUAAUGUUCUGGAUCUUAGCCUCUUUCUAGAGGACUUGAGGGAUUCCCCUUCAAGCACAUAACUGUUUCCCCUAUUUCACAUGUAAAUCCUUUUUGCUUU